AUGGGGGUGCGCCCAGCCGUCGCACGAGCCAAGCCGCUAGCAGCAGCAACCGAGCCGCGCUGCGCGCCCUCCGCUUCCGCCGACGCUUCCGCCGACGCCGCUUCCGCACUUGCCCGCGCUUCCGCGCGUGAAGCGGGGGGCGGGGCGGCCGGGGGUCUUCAGCAGCAGUACCAGCAGUACCAGCAGCAGCAGCAGCAACAGCAGCAGCAGCAUCAGCAUCCUCAGCAGCAGUAUUCUCCUCAGCAGCAGCAGCAGCAGUACUACCAGCAGGAGGGGCAGGAGGAGCAGGAGGAGGAGCAGCAGCAGCAGCAGCAGCAGGAGGCAUGGCAAACCAUGGAAUGCGGCGUACCCGGCACCACGAGCUACCGAAUCAUGUUCUCAACACCAGACGGCCACAUCGUAUCCCCAUGGCACGACCUGCCUCUCUUCUCCCCCGCCUCGCUCCUCCACUUCAUCUGCCAAACGCCCCGAGACUCAGUCGUGGGAUUUGAUCUCGCGUGCUCUGAGCCCAACACACCGCUCCGCCUCAAGAGAGUGCUUCCUCGCACGUCAACCGUAGCAGCAAUGCUGCAGCAGAAGCCAUCCGCGGCGGGACGUCUUGCCAAGCCGUUUGAAGUCCCCGCGCCUUGCAACUGCGGGUUGCUCCCCCAGACAUGGGUGCUGAAACCAGGCGCUUCCGCUGCCACCGCCGCCGCCGCCGCCGCCGCUGGUGGUGCUGCCGGUGGGAUCGGCGGAAUGGGGGGGGACGGGGCGGGAGUAACCGCGGCAAACCUAGGCGGGCAACCGGUGCAAGUGGUAGAAAUAGGCACGAACCCGUCCUGGACCGGGGAGGUGUAUGAGGUGUGUCCGCUGGUGGCGAUAUGUGUGGCAGUGGGGCCCGGGCAGUGGGUGUGGACGCUGGUUACUGUAGCAGCGGAUGAUCCCGAGGCUGCGGAGGUGUGUGAUUAUAUGAGCAAGGCGAGCUUGGAAACGCUGGAGGAGACGCUUGCGGGGAUUCGCGAGUGGCUGGAGGCGUUUUACCACCACCAGCCAGGCACCCCCCUCCCCCCGGCAGCGAGCAGCAUAGAGCGAGUGGUGGACGACACCAAGACAGCCGCGCACGCCCCUGCCCCCGGCAGCGAGCAGCAUAGAGCGAGUGGUGGACACCAAGACAGCCGCGGAGUUCCGAGCAGCAUAGAGCGAGUGGUGGACACCAAGACAGCCGCGGAAUUCGUAUCAGAGGCGCAUUCCGCCUGGCAGGCCAAGUUCCUCUCCCCCCAGACCCUCCCCCACGCGCCCAACCUCCCCCACGCGCCCCUCCCCGCGCCCCCCAUCUCCCCCAUGGGGUAUGGCGCAGGGGGGGCGGCGGGGGGAGCGCCUUUUAGCCCUUAUGGGCGGGGCCAGGGCGCAGGGGCAGGGGGAGGGGGAGGGGGAGGGUUUGUGUUGCCUAGUCCGGGGGCGUAUGGGCGAGGGGGAGGGGGAGGGGGAGGGAUGGGGGGAAACUGGCAGCAACAGCAGAUGAUGAUGCAUGGGGGGGGGAUGCAUGGGGGGAAUAUGCAUGGGGGGGGUAUGCAUAUGGGCAUGGGUAUGCAGCAACAGCAGCAGCAACAACAGUACAUGCAGCAAUACGGGGGAAUGGGGAGGGGGAUGGGCGCAGGGGGGAGUUGGGGGAGAGGGUAUGGGGGGGGAAACGGGGGAAUGGGGGAAUACGGAGAGUAUGGGGGGCAAUACGGGGAGCAGGGGGGAUAUAUGGAUCAGCAAGGGGGGUAUGGGGGAGAGUAUGCAGAGCAAGGGGCGUAUGGGGGAGGGGGACAGUAUGGGGGGGAGAUGGGGGGAGAUGCAUAUGGGGAGGAGAUGGGGGGGUGGGAAGGCGGAUAUGGGUAUGGGGAGGGGGACUAUGGCGGACAGAUGGGCGCAGGGGGGGGGAUGGGGGGCGGAUAUGGGAUGGGGGGGAUGGGAAGAGGAAGGGGGAUGGGGCAUAUGGGGGGAAUGCAAACACCACAGCAGCAGCAGCAGCAGCAGCAGGGGUAUGAGUAUGAAGGGGGGGAGUAUGGCGGAAUGGGGAUGGGGAGGGGGAUGGGCAGAGGUGGGGGGAAGGCCAUGGGGGGAAGAGGGGGAGCGUAUGGGCGGGGCAUGGGCGCACAGGGGAUGGAGGGGAGGGGGAGAGGGUGGAACAACCACGGGGGGAUGCAAGGGGGAGCAGGGGGGGUUGGGGGAGGGGGGAGGGGGCGGGGGAAUGGCAUGAUGAGGCGGAGCCAUACCACUGGGGCGGCAGGGCUUAGGGGGGAUGGGGGGGGCGGGGAAGGGGAAGGGGAGUUUGGGGAGGGGGCAGGGGGAGGGGGAAGGGGGUUGGGGCGGGGGGGGAUGAUGAGGCCAGGGGCGAUCACUCGGUCGAAUACUGCUGGGGGGAGAAUGGAAAUGGAUGGGCCGUAUGGGGAUAUAGACCAAUCAGGCAUGGGGACGGGAAUGGGGAUGGGGAUGGGCAUGGGCAUGGGGAUGGGGAUGGAAGGGGAGGGGUUGGAAGGGGAGGAAGGGGAGGAAGGGGAGGAUAUGGGGUGGGAGGAAGGGGAGGAAUAUGGUGGGGAGUUUGGUGGGGGAAGUGGGGGGGCCGCAGUGGGCGGGGGAAUGGCCGGAACGGGGGGAAUCGGGGGAGUGGGGGGAGCGGGGGGAGUGGAGUUGAAGCGAAAGAGCUCCCUGAGAAGAAAGCCUGCAGGGGGGAACGGGGAAGGGGAGGAGGGGGGGGGAGGCGAGGUGAAACCUAAGAGAAGUGUUCGGUUUAACCAAGUGGUGCGCGUGAAGGUGAUUAGGAACCUCAAGGGGCGAGCAGAGGAGGAGGAGGACGAGGAGGAGGAGGAUGGGGAGGAGGAUGGGGAGGAAGGGGAGGAAGGGGAGGAAGGGGAGGAAGGGGAGGAAGGGGAGGAGGGGGAGGAAGGGGAGGAAGAAGAGGAGGGAGAGGGAGAGGAGGGAGCGGAAGGGGAAGGGGAGGUGGACGGGGAAGGGGAAGAGGAAGGGGAAGAAGUUUCGGAGGAGGGAGGUCAGUUGGCGGGAGAAGGGAUGAGAGGCGAUGUGGAUAAUGAUGGUGAUGGUGAUGGUGAUGGUGAUAAUGGUGAUAAUGGUGAUGAUGAUGAUGAUUUUUCUGACGCAGAGGAGGAGGAUGGAGGAGAAGCGAUACUGCUAGAGGAGGAAGAGGGAGAGGAGGGGAAGGCGCAAGGGGAGGAGGGGAUGGUAGAGGGGGAAACGGUGGGGACGGGAAAGGGGAAAGGGAAGGGGAAAGGGAUGGGGAAAGGCGGUGUUUCUGGUAUGUUGGGGCGGGCUGUUUGGAGAAAAGGAGAGGUGGAGGAUGAAGAGGAGGAGGAGGAAGGUGAUAGUGGGAAGGAGGAGGAGGAGGAGGAGGAGGAGGAGGAGGAGGAGGAGGAGGAGGAGGAGGAGGAGGAGGAGGAGGAGGAGGAGGAGGAGGAGGAGGAGGAGGAGAAGGAAGAGGAGGAGGAGGGAGAUAGGGUUGCUCGUGGAAGGGAUGGAGGUGAGGAGAAGAGAAGGGGAGGAGUGAUGGGGGUGGACGAAAAGAGAGAGGAGGAGGGUAGGGAGGGGGUGUCAGGUCAAGGAGAGAGGGAAGGAGAGGGGGGUGGGGAGGCAAGUGAGGGGAAUGAGCGAACAGAAAGAGGUAGUGGCAGUUCAGGAGGGGAAGGUCUAGACAACGCUGCUGCUUCAGCAGCAGGAGAAAGAGGAGGGGCAGCAGGAGAAGGAGCAGGAGCAGCAGAAGAAGCAACACACCCGCAUCACAUACAUCCCUUGGGGUUACCUCCCCUCUCGCCUUCCUCUUUCCAACCACACUCCAGAUCGCCUCCAAGACAGCAGCAGCAGCAGCAGCAGCAGCAGCAGCAGCAGCAGCAGCAGCAGCAGCAGCAGCAGCAGCAGCAGCAGCAGCAGCAGCACAACCACCAGCACCACCACCACAGCAGCAGCAGUGCUGCCAGCAGCCCUUUGGAGCGGCAGGGAGGAGGUGCAGCAGACACAGCAGCUGGUGCAGUGGAAGCAGGAGGAGCAGGAGGAGCAGGAGGGGCAGAGGUGGCUACAGUAGGAGACGGCAGCAGAGAGACAGCAGCAGCAGAGCCGGCAUUGAAGCGAGGGGGGAAAGGAAAGGCCGGCAAGGUUAAUCGGCAACCUUCGUUAGGUGGGCAGGGAGAUGGGCUGGGUGCUGCUGCUGCUAGUGUAGCAACUGGAGUAGCAGAGGGGGUGUCAUCGCUCCCCCCUGCGGGUGCAUCUGGGGGUGUAACGAAGAGGAUAGUCCGACGGUCCUCCCUAGGUAGUGGAAACUUUGCCGAUGCUCUUGCUUCUCCUUCUGCUGCUGCUGCUGUUGCUGCUGCUGCUGCUGCUGCUGCUGCUGCUGCUGCUGCUGCUGCUGCUGCUGCUGCUGCUGCUGCUGCUGCUACGGCAGAUGGGGCUGGGAAUGAGAGUGCUGCAGACGGGGAGAGCAGGGAGGGGAAACCUGCGAGAGUGCAACGAACGGGUAGUGGGAAGGUGAGGAAGAAACAGGGGUCUAUCGGGGGGGCUAGUGAUUGGUCAAGCGCAGAUGAAGGGACAGGAGGUUCUGCUGGUGCUGCUGGUGCUGCUGGUGGUGCUGCUGGUGGUAAGGAGAAACCCAUGAGGAAGUUGAGGAGAGGUAAAGGGUCAUUGGGUAGUGGCAGCAGCAUUGACUUGGGUGGUGCUUUGGAAAAAAGCGGAGUGGUGGGUGGGAGUGGGUAUGGCAGUGAUUCAGGAUCGAGUGUAGCAGGGCCAGAGGCGGCAGGAGGAGUGAGUGGAGGAGGAGGGGGAGGAGGAGGAACGGGAACGCCUUCGAAGCCCCGUCUUCGCAAGACCCCCUCUGCUUCCCGUGCUGCUCUUGCAGCAGCGUGUGACGCCCCUCUCCCCCCCCCGCAUGGCCACAGCAGCUCUCUUAACCCUGCAGCUACUCCCCCUCCCGCACAUGGAAGUGGGGGGGCGGGAGGAGAGGAGGAGGGGAGAGGGAAGGAAGGAAAGGGGUUGAACUGA